AUCAUUGGGUCGCGCAGUACUGGCGGGGCAAUGCAAAGUUUACUGAUAGCUAAAGCCAAAAACUGUUUACUGAAAUCAUCUCUGUGUUGCGCUGUUUCAUGGGACAUUGAACACGAUCGGUUACGUAAAUGACAGCGAUAACAUCAGUGGACCAGAAAAGAUGUCUAUCAGUAAAAAUGACGUGAAAAAUGAUUGAUUUGUUCAUUUAAGAUUUGGCAAUUACCGCUAAGCUAAAGUGAAGCGCGCUGCGUUGCUAUUUCCUCCCAGCUGUAUGUUAGCUAACGUAGCUGUUUCCCAUCAGUGCUAAAUCAGGAUGAGCUCUUUACGGGAGAUAAAACAGCUGCAGAAAGCAAAGAACAAAGUGCAGAACAGCAAAAACUUAAGAGAGGAAGCAAACAUCUGCAAUCAGCUAGGAGAGCUGCUGUCCAGAAAUGGUGAUUACGAGGCCGCCAUCAGGGAACACCAGCAGGAGUUGUCUCUCUCUGAGGUUCUAAACAAUGUGAUUGGACGAGCUGUGGCCCAUCGUAAGAUAGGCGAGUGCUACGCAGAGAUGGGGAACAUCGAGGCUGCGUUGAAACACCAGCGAUGUCACCUGGACCUGGCUCGCUCUGUCAGAGAUCAUGCUGAGGAGCAAAGGGCGCUGGCCACUAUUGGUCGAACCUACCUCUUCCGUUAUGAAUCAGACCAAUCGAGGAAGAGUUUGGAACAGGCGGAGGACGCCUUCAGGAAGAGCCUGGCCAUUGUGGAUGACCGUCUAGAAGGGACUGUGCCAGGGCGAGAGAUUAGUGAGAUGAAGGCACGUCUCUUCCUCAAUCUUGGUCUGGUCUGCGAUCACCUCGGGGAGCCCAAACGUUGCAGCGAGUUUAUCCGACGAAGUGUCUUUAUUGCAGAGAAGAGUCAGCUGCUGGAGGAUCUCUACCGUGCAAACUUUAACCUGGGAAACAUCUACUUCCGUCACGGCCAACUGUCUAAUGCCGUGCGCUGCCUUGAACAGGCCAAAGAGUGCGCAAGGAAGAUCAAAGACAAGUUCAGUGAGAGCGAGUGCUUUCACUGCAUUGGCAAGGUGCAGCUGUCUCUGGGGGAUUUUGUAGCAGCUAGACGAUCUCUGAAGAAAGCCGUUUUACUGGGUUCCCAGCAGCCACUGGACAGGCAGGCAGUGAAGAAAGUUUUCAAAUAUGCGGACCAGGGCUGUAAAUUGGAGGAAGAGUUGGGGGAGGAUCAGGGCAAAAGGCUCAGCUCCCAUCAGGCCGUGGGGCUGGCAGAACAGCUGGGGGACCUUUACUGUAAGGUUGGCUGCUACAGCAAAGCUCUGGAUGCAUAUCUAGCUCAGCUAAAGGGCGCUGAGGCGUUGGGGAAGCCUGCCAGGGAGCUGGCUGUCAUCCACGUGUCCCUGGCUGCGACCUACGCAGACCUGAGACAGCACAGCAAGGCAUUGGAGCACCACAGACAGGAGCUGGCUUUACGACAGGGCAGCUCGACUGAGGAGUGUAGCACAUGGCUGAACAUCGCGGCAGCUCAGGAGGAGAGCGGCUGUGCCUUCGAGGAUGUAGACGGCAGCUACAGCACAGCCGCACACUGCGCCCACAAGUCUGGGCAGAACAGACUACAGAAGCGCGUGUUAAGGCUUUGGCUGGCGUCCCAGAGACGACUCGGCUCCUCCAAGGCUGAUGACACUGAAGCGAGGCUGCAGGAGCUGUGUGCUGCGGAGGGCUGGAGUCCAGACGGGAGCGACGGUGAAGAGGAGGAAGAUGAGAUGGACAACAGUGAACCUCUGGAUGACAGUGAUGUUGUUCUCUCAGACUCAGAUGAGGAUUUGGAGGGUUAUGAAAAGAUGGUAUCAGGAAGGAGGAAGGCAGGAAGGUGGAACAAGAGGAACGAGAAGGGCGAGACCUCUCUGCACAGAGCGUGUAUAGAUGGAAACCUAAAGCAGGUCCAGUAUCUGGUGGAACAGGGUCACCCGGUUAACCCCAGAGACUAUUGUGGCUGGACUCCUCUUCAUGAGGCCUGCAACCACGGUCACUAUGACGUUGUAGCGUUGCUGCUGGAGCGCGGCGCUAACGUUAAUGAUCCUGGGGGUCCCUUAUGCGAGGGAGUGACGCCUCUCCAUGAUGCCCUCACCUGUGGCAAUUUAAAAGUGGCCCGACUCUUGGUGGAACGAGGGGCUUCUGUCUCCCAACGCAACUCCAAGGGUAACACCGCCAUGGACACCCUGCGUCAGUGGCAGAGGACGUACAGCAGAGAGUUAGACCAGGACACCAAGCAGGAGUGCAUCGCUACAGAGAGACUGCUGAGGAAGGCGCUUGCAGGGGGAGUUCCUGCUGCUCCGGCCCCAGCCAAGCCUUUCGACGCCCUGCAGGACAGCCAGCUGUUUGAUGCUGAGAACUCAGAGCCACUGGUGUCCUCUGGAAGGGGCUGUUCCUCCAGCCAGGACUGGCCUCGGACCAACAGGAACUCAGAGGUGAAGGCAGUAGCUGCCAGCCCCAAACGGUGGAAGAGCAACAGCUCAACACAGCGACACAGAGCCCGAGGAACAGAGGCUGCUGUUCUCUAUGGGAAUAACAGCAGCUCCUCAGAUGACAGCGACUCUGACAGCCCGGUUAGUCCUCUCCGUGCCGUCCGCCCUCGACACAGCUUUCCAGCAGCCCAGAGUCAAAAGGAAGUCCCCGCAAUUAAAGAAGCCAACCCAAUUCCCAACUCGGGUAGAGAAAGUGUCAGGGAGGCUCCCGCGCCAUCUGUCUUUGUACGAGAGGAGUACCACAGUGCCAUUCGAGGCUUAGGCAGCGCCAAAACGCUUCUCCAGGGUCUCUCACAGCCUCAGUUCUCCAGCACAACAGCUGUUUCUACCAGCAACAAAUCAGCCCUGGUUCCUGAGGAUGAGUAUCUGGCUGACGAGUGGCUGGAGGAUGAUUUGGGGGAAAACCAGCCAAAGAAGAAGAGGAGGCUUCGAGUGGAUGAGAGUGGGAUUAGAGGGGAGGACACUGCCUUGUCUUCAGCAGCAAGGAGUCAAAACAGGCACACAUACUCUGAAACCUGCAGAGGUUCUGCAGUUCCUUCCUGCUCGAGCAGGAGUCUCACUCUGAAGAAGAACGGCACUCUGAAGCCUCACCAGGUCAAAAUGACUCAGAUGCCAGGGAUGGUCCGGUUGGGCAGACGAGAGGUCAACCGGUCACACAGCCCCACGGUUACAGAUGAUGAGGAAAUGAGACCUGAGACACCACCACCCCCACAAAUACACAGUCAGACCCCAGCUCGAAUCUACACUGCUCCCAUGCCUACAUUACAGCCUCCACCAAUCAGAAUGAGGGUCAGAGUUCAGGAAGAUAUUUUUCUCAUUCCAGUUCCGCAAAGUGAGGCAGACUCCUGCACCGUGUCAUGGCUGUGUGAGCAGGCCGCUCAGCGUUACUACCAGAAAUGUGGCCUCCUGCCUCGCCUCUCACUGCAGAAGGAAGGUGCUCUGCUUUCACCCCAGGACCUGCUGCUGGCUGUCCUGCACACCAAUGAAGAGGUUCUGGCUGAAGUUUGCUCCUGGGAUCUUCCUCCUCUCCCCGAGCGCUACAAGAAGGCCUGCAACAGCCUGGCAGUGGAUGAGAACAAGCGUGUCACCCGGCUGUGUGAGGUGCAGGAUGGGAGCUCCUCUGUGUCAGUGUGCGGCCUCAGCUUGGCUCCGUCCUCUCUCAACCCGCUCCUGCGUGCGUUAAAACUGCAGGCCAGCCUCAUCGAGCUGCGUAUUUCCGGCAACCGCCUCAAUGACGACCUUCUCCCCGAACUGGUUGCCACAACAAUUACUAUGCCCCGGCUUCGGCUGCUGGACAUUUCUGCCAAUGGCAUUACGGGGGAAGGGCUGGAGAAGGCAGUAAAUGCUUUAAAGGGACAGAGUCAUCCGGCAUUUCCGUGCCUGGAGGAGCUUGACCUCAGUAUGAAUCAGCUGGGGGAUGGUGUGUCCGAGGCCCUGUCCUGUCUGCUGUCCUGCUGCCCUCUGUUAGCCAAGCUGUCUCUGCAGGCCUGCGGCUUCACUGCUCGCUUCCUACAGCAGCAUCGAUUGCUGCUAGCCAACGCUCUGACAGGAACCGGCCACCUGAAAUCAGUUUGUCUAUCCCACAAUGCACUGGGUUCCACUGGCUUUGAACUGGUGUUGAGGACUCUGCCUCUCCACAGUCUUACACACCUAGACCUGUCUGCCAUCCGCAGCGGUCCGGCUGAUUACCCGGCCCUGGAACACCUCACCAAAAUCCUGUCACAAGGUGAGUGUUCACUGACGCACCUGAGUCUGGCUGCAAACGGGUUGAUAGACAGCAGUGUAGCCACCUUGGCUAGGUGCCUUCCUUCAUGUCCGACUCUGGUGACUCUGGACCUCUCAGGUAAUCCGUCUGUUACCGCAGCAGGACUUCACAACAUCCUGAUCUCUCUCAGAGAGGCUUGUCGACCUUUGACCCUUCUAAACCUUCAGGGUUGUGAGGUGACUGGUCCGUGGGACAGUGCAGGUCUGGAUGGUUUGUCAGAGCUGGUCAAGGAUCUCCGUCUUUGCUCUCAGGGACUCAACAAGCUGGACAGGCAGACCUUAAAGCAGAGCUGGGACAGCAGUCCAUCACAUGGACACUUCAUUGACCGCCACAGCAAGUGGCUGCUCUCUGCUGCAGCCUCCUCAUGAAGAGAGGGAAAAUAAAAUGUACUUCACUGAUCUUACAUCACUGACUAAAUUUUGAGCCAUGUGGAAAUCCUAAACAGAACUUCUUUUUAAUAAGGGUGCUAUCCUUUUAAGGUUUAGUUCAGUAAGCAGUGGUCACCUAAGGCUGCACUCUUACAUCUUCAAAGGUAACAAACUGCACUAAAAGAACCACCAGUGACAUGGCAUCCUCGGACAUACUGUGUAAAUGGCUUAUAUGUUUCAUGUAUUUUGUACUCCGUAUUUAUGUAUCUGUGUGGAAGUCUUAAGUUUGGUAUGUGUAGCAGUGUGAUUGUGUCAUGAUGUAUCCACUGAAUUACUGUAUGAUUUGAUAUGUAAAAAAAAUAAAAUAAAAGUGACUCAUGAUGUUUUUCUUUC